UGCAACUUACAACUAUAAAAACGGCUGGAGCGAUUUUGAUAAAAUUUGAGUGGCGUGACAUUUCAGAACGUGGGUACCUAUUAGAUUUUUUCAAUCUAUUAAUUAUUUACUAUUUUCUGAAUGGAUAUGAGUAAUACAAUUUUGGGCAUUGAAAAUGGCUUUUAUUUUUACAUGUUAGAGUUGUUUAUUCUUUACCUACGCCGUAACCACGUUUCUACACAUACACUACUAUGAAUAAAUAUGUGGGAUCCGUGUAUUAUUUCGUUUGCGUGUUUCUUACGUCUGGUUACAUCUCGGGAGACUCUUCUGCCUCUGUGGAAAGUAGGCAGCCCCAGAAUAAGUAACGUGGAACACUACAGACACAUCCGUCAAUUUUCUCAUUCGUGAAUAAAUAAUAUUGCAUACAAACAACAUUUUAUAGUCACGUCAAAGGAAAAAUAAUAUAACAUCGGAUGAAAAAAUUGAAGUAAAAAGGUCUGCUACAAAAAUGACUAAAGGAGUUAAGUAGAACCGAUCAGUAACUAUUACAUAAUUAAUUAAUUAAUUACCUACUUUUUGUAUCAUAAACAGAACGUUUCCAAAAGCUAUUGAAAAAAAAUUAUAAUUACUACCUUUGUUGGAAUCGCCCAAAUAUAUGAUCUAUCGACAAAAUACACUAUGAAUAAAAAUAAACUUGGUAAAUAGUAAUACAUAUGUAGUAUAGAAAAAGGGUUGCUUUGACAUAUUUUAGAGACACGGCACAACGUCGUCGAAACUUAAUAACAUAGAUACGUUAGUAAGAAUUUCCUUUGAACUUAUAAGGGGUAAUUUUCUUUAAAAAUCGAUAACCUUGUUUGUCGUCAAAAGAAAGUGGUAUUGUUCUAUCUAUAAAACAAUAUGGCGCAACAAAUGUAUAUUAAAAGUGGCCGAUGUUAUCACGGGAAUAAAUUGUUAAGAAAUAAAAUGUUAAAGCAUUUAAAGUAAAUAGAAACAUGCAAAUACAAUAAAAAGGAACUUUUAUUAACAGAUGAUAACUGAGAUGAAGUAUUCUCCCAUCGUAUAUAAAACUAAAAUAAAAUAGGAAGUAAAAAAUCACGACACUUAACAAAAUAUUGCAGAGACUGGUGAGGUAGCAAAUGCAAGUUAUCGAUCAUCAUUAAAUAUCUAUGGUUCCUGACAUUUCGCUUCCCGCGCUCAAAUACAGAUAAAAAAAUAAAAUGUCAACGACUACCGAUCGCCGAUCGUCGUCGACGGGGUAAAGAGAAAUACCUUUGGAAUAAGGUAUAAAUUCGCGUGAUAAAUAACAAUAAAUGUAGAAGUACGAACCUGUUGGCGGCGUAACGGGACGAACACGGCCGAGGGAGUGACGGGAAAACUCCAAUAUUGGACCGCUAAUGUCAUUUAUAUUGGAGCCAACAUUUGGUUUAACUGGCAUUUGAUUUGGAAUUUGCUUUUUACCACGGUUUCGUCUGAAAUGUUUUUGUCAGUGUAAACAAAUACAACAAUACUGUGUUAUCGUUAUCGUACACCUAUUUCUAGGUGUUAUCGGGGUUGAUAGCAGAGUUCAAAAUAUCAGAGAAUUGAAUUAAUACCUACUUAUAUAGGUGUUUAGUUUUAUAUCAUCAAUUAAUAUUAGGUGUUAAAAGACGAUUUUCAUUUCAUUUUUCUAUUUUAAUCCCAUGUUACGGAAUUCAAGAUUACAUGAUAUUGAUGCCUGCGUCAUAAAAUGUUUAGUCAUCAAUCAUACGCAAAAUGAUCCUAACAAAACACGAAUCCAGUAUUUACGCAGCAAAUAAACCGCACUCAGAGAUGAUGUUGGAAAACCGAUAAUAACAGUUGGGGGAAGUUUUCGUCCAAGGUUUGUUGAGCUGUUGGCGUGUGUGGCCAAUGUGCGCCAACGUUGGGUAUAGGGCGGGAAGCAAGCCUCCCUUCAUUCGGUUUCCCAACGCCGGGGGUGCGCGCCGCGUCCUCGCAAACUUCUCUCGCGACCGAAGUGUAUCGUGAUUCGUGAAUAAAUUCAAUUAUUGUGUCUACAGUAGACUACAGUGAAAUUGUUAACUGAUAUUGUACAGACGUGUAUGCUGAAGAUAGAUUUGACGCAUUUUAUUCGCCAGAGCCACGCACAACUUUGAUUAACAUGUCAAGUUGAUAAAAGUAAACUCCUCAAAAACUGGCUGAAUAACAAAUGUUAUAGAAAAUACAGAAAAAAGACGCUAGAAAAAGAAUUAGAAAAUUUUUAUAAAUUUAAAAACAGAAAACGCACAAAAUUAGUGGCGGCAGUCGCGUAGGCGGCGCCGCGCGGUGCGGUUGUGGCUCGCUGGCACCGCUGGUGGCUGGUGGCGGGCGCGGGGGCUGCUAGCGCUCAGCGCAGCCCGCUCGGCUGGGCCAUGGGCAGCUCACAGCGGUUAGCCGCAGUAGCGGCCGUCUCUCAUGCGAGGCACUACUACAAUCACACACAACCAGAGGUGCACACCGAGGUCUCCUCAUACAAUAUCAAUAUAUUCUUCGUCAGCGCGACGUUAUGCGGGGUGUUGGUGGCUGUGUGCGCUGCCUGCUGGAGACGCUCUCCUUCACCAGACAAGCCUGAGGAUGCCGCCUGCCACGGAGUCUACACAGUCAGCGGAGACGCGAGGUUACUGCAGGAACAAGUUGAGAUCCCCGGACCUCCGCCGGCCUACGAAACAGUCGUUGAGGGACCACCGCCAAAGGACAACGAUACCUUACAGGAGGUGGUAACGGAACCUUGCGAGAGAUGCCAGCCCGGAACGGAUCCUGCACUACCGUCGUACGAAGCGGCAGUGUUGCUACGAGACACCAAGUUAUAAUGUAUAAAGGAAACUAAAGAAGUCUAACCAAAAUGCAAACUACCAAAUAUAUUCUCAAACAUCUA